AUGGAUUUCGAGCAUCGAGUCAAAGCCUACAAGUUCGUGGCCUAUUCGGCCGUGGCCUUCUCGGUGGUGGCCGUCUUCUCGGUGUGCGUCACCCUGCCGAUGGUGUACAACUACGUCAACCACGUCAAGAAGACGAUCAACACUGACGUCAAGUACUGCAAAGACUCGGCUCGCGGAAUCUGGACCGGAGUCAACGAGCUGAAGGAGAUGCCCGCCGGCAACAGGACUGCCCGUAGUGCCAUCGACUACGACUCCCUCGACCUCAAGCUCGGCUUCUGCGAUGGGCUGAAGUCGAAAUUGUGCCUAGCGUUCGCCAGGCUACAGACUACAAACUACAGCAACCUGGUCGCGAAGCCAACGGUAGUGUUGUGGUCAAGCCGAUAUUUGAUGAAAACGUCCAUCAGGCUACAGGCUACAACCUACAACGGCCACUACCUCGAGUCGAUUGCC